CGAAUAUAUAAGACCAACAUUAACGGUGGUUCUAAAGUAUGUCCUUAGCGUUAAAGUGAUUAAAAAUAAAUGCAAUUAAUCGGUAAAUUAGUGCGACGUCCUUAGCGUAGAUACAUUUGAGCGCGUCCUUACGUGCAACGUGUCGUAUCCGGAGUGGCCGAUGAGCUUUCGUGAGGGGAGUCUGAAAAAUGGAUCGACAUUUUCAUUUCUUGGUCUGUUUCGUUCUCAACGAGGGCGAUUGAAAAGGCGAUUUCGACGGAUAUCCUCAUCUCGUCUCUGCCGGUUCUCUCGACGGAUCUCUCGACGGAUAUCCUCAUCUCGUCUCUGCCGGUUCUCUCGGUGGUUCUCUCGACGGUUCUCUCGACGGAUCUCUCGGUGGUUCAAGCGACGGUUCAGUCGGCGGUUCAAUCGACGGUUCACUCGGCGGUUCUCCUCUCUCUUCUCUGCGAUUCGAAAGUUAAAGGGUAAGUGUUCCUCCUCCGUAUCUGGUUCAAUCGAUUUGCAUGUAUUUGGUUAUUGUUUUCGAUCUACUCCGUAUCUGGUUCAAUCGACUUGCAUGUAUUGUUGUAGCGUUUGUCUUAUUAAUAGACUGAUAGCUUUUUGACUAGAAUCUGAUAGCAUUUUUUAGUCGUUGAUUUGCUUGGCUUGGUUUGCUAGUUCGUGUUCUGUUUUUAGUUGUGUUAUUAAUCUGUUAGCAAUCUGAAUGGAGACGAUCCUCCUUAUUUUUAAGUAGUUGGUGUUCUGUUUUUAUAAACUGAAAUGUGUUUGUUUUGAUUCUGAGGUUAUUAGGUGAGGUGAGGCGAGGAUCAUCUACAACCCUAUUUCAAAGCUGCUGAGGCGAGGAUCAUCUACAAUAAGACAGACAACCAAACCAUUUCGUCCAGAGCUCUAGAUCCCUCUGUUCAGUUCACAACAAAGCGAGGCUCCAACUCCACCUACAGACAGUCCCGUGGAGCGUGCAAAGAGACAUAAAUGGACCCCAGUGGAGGACGAGAUGCUGAUCAGUGCCUGGUUAAACACUUCUAAAGACCCUAUUACCAGCAAUUACCAAAAGUCGGGAACAUUCUGGAAACGAGUAGGGGAUAGUUUCUUCGAAGCUCUGAAUGGUGGACCUGGUGGUGACACAUCCGCGCAUCGGAAUUACAAGCAGAGGUGGCACAAAAUAAAUGAUCUUGUCAACAAGUUUUGUGGUGCAUAUGCGGCUGCGGAGAGAAGAAUUACUAGUGGUCAGCAUGAGAAUGAUGUUCUGAAGGUGGCCCACGACAUAUACUUCGCUGAUCAGGGCUAUAAAUUCACACUUGAACAUGCGUGGUGCGUGUUGAGGUAUGAGCAGAAAUGGGUUAACCUCAACCCCACUAAAUCUUCUGGAGGUUCUAAGAGGAAGGCAGAUUCAGAAACUUCAACCACAAGUGAAAGUGUAAAGGCUGGUGAGGAUGCUCAGACAAGACCUGAAGGUGUAAAGGCUGCAAAAGCAAGACGCAGUGCAAUGGGUAAGGGGAAGUCUGUUGCUGACUAUACAGCGGUUUGGGAGAUGAGGAAGGAAGAUUUGGAGAAGAAAGAAAAACUGACAAAGUUUGCCAUCUUAGACAGUCUGAUAGCCAAAUCCAAAACCACCACACUCACUCAGGCUGAAGAAGUAGCCAAAGAGAAGCUCCUCGCGGAGUAUUUCUAGAUAUUAAGUUGUUUGGUUGGUUUGUAUGCUUUUUAUGUGAUCGGUCUCUAUAUUAAGUUGUAUGUUUUGUUUGUAUGCUUCCUGGUUGUUUUUAAUUAAGCAUAGGUUUGUAUCAUUAAUCAUAAGUUUGUAUGUUUUUAAUGUUAUCAUAAGUUUGCCUUACUCGUUUAGAUUGCUCGUUUUUAAAGUUUAUUUGCUCGUUUUUAAAGUUUAUUUGCUCGUUUUUAA